AUGGAUUUUUUGUUGCGACCAAUAGCUAGUGGUGACGACAACCAAGUCACUGUUUUACAUCCCGAGCCUCUUUUUGUGAUCAAAUCAAAGAUAGUUAACAUUGACAAUAGACCCAAGAAGCUGCUGAAGUUGGAAGCUGGGAGUAAGAUCUUCGUUAACCUGUGCCAUGAUCCGCAGGCACCCAAACCGGAAAUUCCGUUUGAUCCCAACAUUGUUUACCCAUUGAUAAUUAACAACAAGUGGGAGAUACCCAUUGUGGCAUCGUCCAUUAGAACGGAUACGGAUAAAAAGGGACAAGUUUGUUAUGUGAUAGAUUGCUGUGUCGCUUCUGAUUGUGUCAAGUGGUUUGUUGAGGAUUACCAACUGAAAGAAAUUGUAGUAGAGUGGUGUUUGGAAGCUGCAGAGCUACGUGAAGUUAUUGAGAUCUCAAGAGAUAAAAUCUCAUUCCCAAAGAUGAGAAAGAAAGGUGAUUCCAUUCCCGACUUGGAGAUCUUCUCCAAUGAACUCGAUGGAAGCGAUAUAAAGGAAGCAACUCAAAAUGAUAAAGGCAACGAUCCAUCGAGCUUACUGCAGAUCAGGAGAGACUUACUAUCUCAAGAAGAAGACCUCUCCUUGAGUAAUGAUAGUGAUAUCACAGCCCAUGGAUUACCUCCUUUAUUUCCAAAGGCUAAUGAAACCAAGGGCAGAAGCUUGAUCCAGGAAAUUGAUGAUUUAACUCUAAAAGAAAAACCUAAGAAUGCUGCUAAAAAGGUGCAGAAGAAUAUUGAAUAUAAUGUAGUAAUGAAAAAAAUAGAAAAUCACAAGUAUAAGUUAAGACUUGAUAUCCAAAUAGACUCAAUUACUGGUAAAAGCGAUCUGAAUAUAUUCUAUGACCCUACCAACAACGAUAUUGUUCUGCGAAACCUGAAUACGGACUUAUACGAUCAGAAAGAUUUUAAAAUACCUCUCCCCAAUAUAUUUGAAGGCAAGGACAUCAUGAAUAGCUCUGAAAUCUUUUAUGUCAAUAAAACCGGAACCUUAACUAUCUUCUUGUAG